AUGGACGAUUUCGAAGAUUUUGAGAUUACUCAGGACAUCUUAACUCAGAUCGAAAAUAUAGAAAUCAAUCUUCUCGACAAAAUUUUAGGCGUAAAUUCUAAUGAACCCCUCCUAUCGAGAAAGAGGCGCCUGCGGAUCUUGUCAACAAGUGAAGGUAGUGAUGCUGAAAUUGGUCGCACUAUCAAAGAUUUAGAAAGUAGUUCAUUAUCUAACGGCCGGUCUCAAUUCCCUACAAUCAGUUAUAAGUAG